GCCGAACGGGACGGACUGACCAAGGCCCGCCAGGAACUGGAAAGGAAACUGGAGACUAAAGAACUGGAGCUUCAUGAAAAAGAAGAAGAAUUGUUCUUGCAGCUGGAGAAGGUCGUGCGACUUGAAGAGGACUUCGAAAAAUUACGAGCCGAAAAAGAGAAAUUUUGGCAAUGGAAGGACAGGCUGGAGCGAGAAAAGAAUGAGGCCUACCGGCAGCUAAAGCGGCAGGCUGCAGAAUCAGAAGCGACUCGCCGAGGGCUAGAACGCGCCCGUCAGGAAGUCAUGCGCCAGGUGACUGCCAUUGCCACAGAGAAGGACACCCUCGAGAGAGAGAACGAGAAACUGAAGGAAACUCUGUGCGAAGAGCGAAAGGGCGUUGGACAUUACCUGGUUGACCUUACUCAGCAGAAGAAAAGGAUCAGCCAGAACAUUAUUGGCCUGGAGAAAGAAGUCACGGAGUUAAAGUUCGUUGCACGGCAGAGUGCGUCACUUAACAAUCAGUUCAAGAAGGGAAUGAAACAUCUUGCCAUGUGUAACAGGAAGAAGUGCUCGGUCUGCGCUUAUACGAAGGCCACAUUCGGGGACUACGCGGAUAAGGGUAGCGACAAGAAACAACUUCUGUCCUGCUUCCAAACACCACUGCAAGAUCUGCGGAACUGGAUACGGCCUGUACCCCUAACCAGCUCCUCUACAUCCGACAAAUACUCGACCGCGUCAGAGGAUUGCAACGGUACAAGCGCGCAAGGACAGAGGCGCCUCUCAGCCAUGUCCGGUUACUACGCCUUCUUGGGCCACUCGUCUCCUUUCCCAUCCACCCGAUCUGAAUACUCCUUCCGCAGAGCCUAUUCUUCGGAGGAAACAGAGACCCAAACGUCCACCAGUUCCCCCUCUCCUUCUCCGUCUCUUCCCAUAGAUUUUCCUGGUGAAAUAGCUCAUGGUGCUGUGGGCGGCCUAACGCUUCUACCUUAUAUAUCUUACAUCGAUGAGGUGAGCACUAGUUCAUCAUCUGAAGCCAGCAGUGAAGACUCUGGCCAUGGGGAGGAAUUGUCCUCAUUCAACAUGCUUGAUACAACAGCAGGAGGUCCUCCUCCUUGCCAUUGUGCCUUUGGCAGUCCUUCCAAUAUGCCAGUGACAGAUACUUCGCUUACAUCAACUUCGUCCAAUAUGGGAGCCGGCCCUUCCCUGGCUGCCGCUGCGACCAGUAGAGCCUUCUCAUCCGACUCUGGGUUCUCCUCAGAACUCUAUGACACUGCAGGUGGACAUCGCAGCAUGUCCACUUCGAGGGGUGCUAACAAGAUAAAAUUAGCAAACGACAACACUGAGAAGUCCACUCAGGGACUACAUCGCUCCAAAUGGACUGCUUCCUUCAGAAAGCUCAUCAGCAGAGUGUCCAAGAGGUAAACUUGUUGAUACAGAACAUGUGGUUCUGAAUUUGAGCGGAGGACCUUCAAAUCCUCUUCUUUCAUGCUGUUAAGGGAUAGAGCUUUAUUGUGGUUAUGAUGGUCUUACAUCUGUCUGUUGAGUAUUUAGUUUUUUAACAUAUUAUUUCCAUUGAUGUGAUUUUUAAUUAAAAAGUUGUCAGUUUUCAUUAACCAAAUUUAACAGGAAUAUUUGUUACAGUAAAGGAAACACGAAGAUGAGAUUUUUGUGUGAUAUGACACAUUUAAUUUGAAAGUUAUUGGUAUUUGUGUCUACCCUCAACAAUUUUCAGAAACUUUCAGCCCCAAGAUUCAUCGUGUUGUCUCCUUUUUUUCAGUUUUAUUCUUGGUCGUGUAAGGUUUAGAUUUUUCUCACUUGGAUGUUUAUGCUUUAUCAUUUUUUGGUCACAGAGAUUCACGCAGCGUAUAAAUUAACUUUAAGGAGGAGCCACAAAAUAGUUUCUUGUGUGCACUUGUAUUAUUAAGAAACUGAAAAUGUAUUUAUUUUUUAAACUGGGUCUGUCAUGGCAUUACCCAUUUCAGGAACUGUACAAAUGCAUAUUUGAUCUGCCACAGUGGUCAUAUAAAAUGUUGACAGACUUUGCCGAAGGGAAAGUUUGAUAACGUCAUCAGUCUGACAAAUUUUUAUAACUUUUAGUCUUUAUAAUAAACCAAAAAUGAAAAUAGUAGUUCUGGAGUGAUAACAGGUUUUCUAAUUUUGCGUCAGUAAUGAACAAAUAUUGACUUGAAUUUUUAUUAAUAUGACAGCAGUCAUAUUAUGUUUAAGUAAUUGUUUGUUGAGAUUUUGCUUCCUUCGCUGCUAUCCAAACAUGUUGAUACAUUCAUAUGUUCAAUGCAACAAAAUGUUUCUGAUUU